AUGCCAAACGGGCCAGCACGGAGCACCGAACCCCCGCCGGAAGACAGAGGGCGUGCGUGGCUCUCUUCUUUCUAUCUCUACGGGGCCAGGAAAACACUGAGAAAGUGGGCGGGCCUCAGAAGAGGGCCGGGCUCUGGCUGGAAGGAGAAAGAUGGCAGAGACGGAGGCUCAGCAGCUGUUGGGUGUGGGGCUGGUUGUGAACAUCUUUCCACCAUAGAAAAAGAUACCAAUGGAGAUGCUCUGUGGGUCUGGUGCUAUCCUUCUACAACAAUUGAAUUAAGGGAUCUGUUGUUGAGGAAAUGCUGCCUUACAGAUGAGAGCAAACAGCUUCACACUUUUGUAUAUGGUCAGUACAGACUGACAUGGUUUUAUGUUACAACCAUGGAAGUUCCAGAUUCUUCAGCCUUGAAAAAGGUAACACAUUUUUCCAUUGUCUUGACUACCAAAGACUUUAAUCCAGAGAAAUAUGCGGCCUUCACUAGGAUCCUCUGUAGAAUAUACCUGAAAUAUGGAAGUCCUGUAAAAAUGAUGGAGAGUUAUAUUUCUGUUCUUACAAAGGGAAUCUGCCAGAGUGAAGAAAAUGGCUCUUUCCUAAGCAAAGAUUUUGAUGUCAGAAAAGCUUAUCUCGCAGGCUCAAUCAAAGAUAUAAUAUCUCAGUUUGGAAUGGAAACAGUCAUCCUGUAUACUGCACUCAUGUUAAAGAAAAAAAUUGUGGUAUAUCACCCGCGAAUAGAAGCUGUCCAGGAAUUUACAAGGACGUUACCUGUGUUAGCGUGGCAUCGGCAAGACUGGUCUAUCCUUCAUUCAUACGUCCACCUAAAUGAUGAUGAGCUGGAAGCAUUAAAGAUGUGUCCAGGUUACAUUGCUGGAUUUAUAGACUCUGAAGUCAGCAACAGACUAGACCUCUACGAUGUGUAUGUGAAUCUGGCUGAAAGUGAAAUCACCAUUUCGCAGAAAGCAAAAGAGGCAAUGACAAUGGGAAAACUGCACAAAGAAAUUGGUCAGCUCAUUGUUCAAUCUGCAGAAGACCCAGACAGAUCAAAUAUUCAAGUUGUAAAGGAUAUUUCACGGAAGACAAAAGAAAUCUUGACAAAUCUGGCCUCGCUCACAGAAGUCUUGCAUGAUGACGAGAAACCAUUACUGAACUUUGAGGCACUGAAACAGAAGCGAUUUCCACCAGCAACAGAAAAUUUCCUCUAUCAUCUGGCAGCUGCUGAACAAAUGCUCAAGAUCUGAUUUAAUAGCAAAUGAAUCUCAGCAUUAAGCUUCAAAAGGAAAUUCUUCCAUAAUAGUAUUUUAUACAUCUGUAAAAUGAUCAGCACAAGGAAAAAUAUAUUCAACUGAGGAUGUUUCAGAGGGAACACACACUGGAACUCAAUGGGUGUAGUCCUAGUUCUCCUUCCCCCAAUUUAUGAUUUUAUAUGAAAUGGGGCAGGGUUUUUUUAAAAAAAAAAAAGAAGGAAAGAAAAAUACCGUAUUUACCCAGGACUAAGAAAGUAAGGGCAUGAUGGUUUUGAGCUGGAAGUGUUCUGUGUGCUUUAAGAGGGAAAUAUAUUUGAUAGGCUACUGAAACUGUAGCAUAAACAGGGUGCUUGGAAAGUGAGACAAUAUUUGAAAGCUGUUACAAUGGCUAAGAUAGAGCUGUUUCUCUGAUGGCAAUUGUUUACAGUCAGCUCUGAAGCUCUGGUUUCAGUUUUCAAGAAAGAGAUAAGGGCCAGGGUCCAUGUUAUGUGUGUGUGCAUUAAAACUCAAUAGCUGCUGCUUCUAGGUAAAAGGAGCAACAUUCAGCAGAGAAGUGCCGGGGGGGGGGGGGCCUAAGUGUCCCAAGGGCUGCUUUGCUGCAGCAAUAUCCUCUGAUGUGUUUGCAAAUAUGU